AUGGCUCCAGAGCCAGCAUUCAAGUCGUAUUGUGAACCAUCGGUUUAUCCCGAUCCAACUCCAGUCUACUACACACCACAGCAUGGAAAGAUCACCUCCCAUCCCUCCCACACUCCCCCUCAGGGCAUCGUUGGAAUCGGAGGGCAGACUCGCAGCGGAAGAGUCCGGGGGACACCGACACCUUCCAGCCCUGGAAACACCGAGUCAACCCACACCUCUCCCUCGCCUGCGCCCCGAACGAGGAGGAACCUGAAGAAAAAACCGGCGAGAAAGGGAGCGCCCGUCAUCCACCAGCCACUCAGCAUCUUGACGAAAGACUAUACGACACCGGUGAAAGACAUGGCCGCAUGGGUACAUCGUCCGGUGGAAGAUCGGAUGGCAGAGGUGGAAAGAAAGAAAGGAUACAUCUCCCGACCAAUGAACUCGUUCAUGCUAUACCGAGCAGCGUACGCUGAUCGAGUGAAGCAAUUCUGCAAAGAGAACAACCAUCAGGUUGUCUCGCAGGUGACGGGGGCAAGUUGGCCAUUGGAGCCCAAAGAGGUCCGGGAUUUGUACGAGCGAUAUGCACACAUCGAGCGUGACAACCAUCAAGCUGCUCACCCGAAUUAUAAGUUUGCACCCAACAAAACCGCAAAGCGGCCCAGACCAGACGACGAUGCCAGUGACAGCGAUCCGAACUGGGAAGGCUCGACCAAGAGCUCCAAACGAAGUCGCAGCGCUCGACGAUUUGAGAGCAGAAGCGCCUCGUCUACUCCAUUUGAGGACAGACCCGUCCGGUAUCAUCACCAGAUGCCGGCCCUGAAUCUUUCCGGAUACGAGAUCAGCAACCCAUACGGCCCGCCGCCGCUGGUUAUGGGACCCACUGGCGUCAUGGGCGAGUACUAUCAGCCGUCAAUAGCUAUUGGACCAUACGGGGAGCAGGUCAGCGAGAUCCGGUAUGAGAAGAUGGAAGAUCCUUUCCCUCCAUAUCAAGCCACUGUGGGCCUUUUAGGAAUGCCGAAUGCUGGACACCAUGAGCUGUUGACAUCGUAUCCUGCACCACAACAGAUGGAGUACCCGGUCCAACGUUAUGAUAACGUACUUGAUCCCCGGCUGAGUCAGAUGGACCCUACCUAUCAGCUGGUCUAUUAUGGCGACGACUUGAAGCCACCUCAGGAGAUCCCAAGAACAAUCUCAUAUGAGCCAUUAUCUCAGCAGUUCGAGGCUGGCUAUCAACCAGAUGCAUACCACCCAGGAUUGGCAACAUUGACGGAGGAACAUGAUGUCUGGGGAGACGCAGCAGGUGCUGGGUCCGACUUCGACUCGGAAUUUCAGAAGUUCGGCUGA